CCACGGUGUCGUAACACCCAAACCACCUCCCACUCCUCUCUCCCCUACCCCCCACCCCAUCGCCGCCGCCGCCGCCGCCGCCGCCGCCACCGGCGACGGCGACCACGAUGGGCGCCACCGCCUCCGUCCUCUCUCUCCCCGUGGCCGCCUCCUUCCCUGGCGCGGCCACCGCUAUCGCGGGCGCCGCCGGCUGCUUCGCGCUCGGCUACUUCCUCGCCCUCGCCCGCCUCCCCAUCCACGCCGCCGCCGCCCCCGACUCCGGCGACGACGAUUCCGAGGACGACUCGGACGAAGAUGAUGACGAAAAUUCCGGCCGCGCCGCGCCGGCGAAGCGAGCCGCCGGGCGGAAGCGGACCGGGCUCAGGCUGCUGUUCUGGUCCCGGAACGUGGUGACCAAGUCCGACUCCGCCAGGGAAGCCGAGAGGGCGCAGGCCCAGGCCGCCUCCGCCCCCCUGGAGAUCGAGAACCUCGCCAAGAUAAUAGAGGAUUUCAAGAUGGUGCUUGUGGUGAGAAACGACCUGAAGAUGGGAAAGGGGAAAAUCGCUGCGCAAUGCAGCCAUGCAACACUGGGCUUGUUUAAAAAACUCCAGCAGAGAGCACCAAAGUCAUUACGAAGAUGGGAGAGGUGUGGCCAAGUUAAGGUGGUUGUGAAAGUAGAAAGUGAGGAAGAUAUGCUUGUUUUACAAGGGAGAGCAAAAUCUAUGAAUCUGCCAACUCACAUUACCAUUGAUGCUGGAAGAACACAGAUUGCACCUAAUUCCAGAACAGUCAUGGCUAUUCUUGGGCCGGCUGACAUGGUUGACGAUGUCACUGGUGGUCUGAAGCUCUUAUAACAUGAGUUCGACAUUCCCAAACAUAGAAUCUAAAAGAGCACUGCUGGAAUUUUGCAAAGCUAUGAUACUUCCACUGGUCUCCUGCUGAAGAAUGAACCUUGGCUUUGUUGGUUUACUUGAUAUCGUUCUUCCAGGAUUUGUUUGGAAGGAGGUUUUGUCCACUUUUACUUGUAUCAACGACUGCUGUCUUUGGAGACCUCUGAUUUAAGUAGAAUUUCACUGGAUUUUGGGGCUGAGUAGUUAAUGGACCGUUUCAUUUCAUCUGUAGCAGCAUAUAUAAGUAUGAAAAGGAUAAAUGUGGUGUUUCGCUUC